AUGGCGUCAGCUCCUGAAACCAAGCCCGAGAUUUUCGAUGGUGAGAAGGCCAUAUCAGUGAUGGAUCAGGACGAUGAUCCCUCCAUCUCCAACAUCGAAGAAAAGCCUCUACAAUCGCAUAGCCUGAUGCCUAUUCUCAUAGCUAUCUAUAUCCUGCAAUAUCUCGAUAAAAGCAGCUUGAAUACGGCCUCUCUCCUUGGUAUUAUCCAGGAUACGAAACUAGUUGGUCAGGAGUUCCCGUGGCUUAACAGUGCCUUCUAUUUUGGUUAUCUUGCCGCCACAUAUCCUGUUUCCAUACUUCUCGUGAAGUAUCCAAUUGCCAAGCUCCUGGCCUCGUCGAUUCUCAUAUGGGCGGUAGUUCUCGGCUGCCACGGUGCUAGCGAGAAUUUCGCAGCCCUUUGUGCUUUACGUGUGCUCCUUGGUGCCUUCGAGGCCACUAUCAGUCCCGGCUUCACGCUCAUCACAGGACUCUGGUAUAAGCCGUCGGAGCACGCUGCACGUCACAGUCUUUGGUUCGUUGGAAAUUCCGUGGGAUCUCUUCUCGGUAGUCUCAUUGCUUAUGGUUGCACCUUCAUCACUGGAGGACCCCUUGCACCGUGGAGAUGGCUCUUUAUUGUACUCGGUAUAAUAACAGCGGGGUGGGCUAUCGUCUUGUAUGUGUGGCUCCCAGACACGCCUGCAACAGCCAGAUUUCUCAACCCAGCUCAGAGAGUUUGGGCGACGCAGAGGCCGCAGGUGGCUCAACGAAGUUUCAAGACGAACAAGUGGUCGAAUUCGCAGUUUCUCGAGGCAAUGAUGGAUCCCAAGACGUGGUUUCAGUUUUUCGUCAUUACUACAGUGUCCCUCAGCAAUGGUGUGAUUGCUAACUUCAGCUCUUUGAUCAUCAAAGGUUUAAACUUCGAUUCCAGACAGUCACUCCUCCUUGGGAUGCCUCUGGCUGUUUAUAAUGUAAUCGUCGUCCUCCUUUCGGCCUGGCUUACUAAGAGAUUCCGCAAGUCCCGUUGCAUUGUGGCUGCAAGCGCCUCGGCCCUUUCGCUGGUAGGCACGAUCCUCGUCCGCCAGCUACCAGCAACAGACAAUGCUGGACGCUAUAUAGGGCUCAUCCUAUGCGCCUCGUGCGCUAACGUAUUCCCAAUGAUGCUGAGUCUCAUAUCAAGCAACGUCGCUGGAUUUACCAAGAAGUCCACGGUCAACGCCGUGUUCUUCCUCGGAUACUGUGCAGGCAAUAUUGCUGGUCCACAAUUCUUUGUUCCAACAGAGGCACCCAAAUACGGCGUAAGAAAAGAUCGUCUCCCUCUCUAG